GGAGAGAGCAAGCUUGUUCCUCAUUCAUCCCAGCCCAGCGUCUCUCCCAGUGGCUGGUGGCUGGUUCAUGCUGGGGAAACAGGGGAAGGCUUCCUGGAGGACGCCCAGCCUCCUCCUCCUCUCCCCCCACCCCAUCUCUUGACGGCCUCCUCCUCCUCCUCCUCCCAGAUCCAGAAGGUGGUAAUGGCUCUUGGCGACUACAUGGGGGCCUCCUGCCACGCCUGCAUAGGAGGGACGAACGUCCGGGCCGAAGUUCAGAAGCUGCAGAUGGAAGCCCCCCAUAUCAUUGUGGGGACUCCCGGGAGGGUCUUCGACAUGUUGAACAGAAGAUACCUGUCACCCAAGUUCAUCAAGAUGUUUGUGCUGGACGAAGCCGACGAGAUGUUGAGCCGAGGCUUCAAGGACCAGAUUUACGAUAUAUUCCAGAAGCUGAGCGGCAACACGCAGGUGGUCCUCUUGUCUGCCACCAUGCCGAUGGAUGUGCUGGAAGUAACCAAGAAAUUCAUGAGAGACCCCAUCCGUAUCCUAGUGAAGAAAGAAGAGCUGACUCUGGAGGGGAUCCGGCAGUUCUAUAUUAACGUGGAGAGGGAGGAGUGGAAGCUGGACACCCUCUGCGAUCUCUACGAGACCUUGACCAUCACCCAGGCGGUUAUCUUCAUCAACACCCGGAGGAAGGUGGACUGGCUGACGGAGAAGAUGCACGCCCGGGACUUCACCGUUUCAGCCAUGGUGGGUGUGGAGGGGGCCGCCU